GUUUAGUGAGUUUCGAAGCAGUGAGGCCAUCCCAUCAUAGUUUAGUAUAAAAAUGCCCAUGCUCAAGCAUUCAGAACACAUCAGACGGUGGAAACAAACACCAGCUUAAAGCAAGAGUGAAGACUAGAUCUCCAUCUACAACAGACAUCUCUGAUAUACACGCAGAGAGAGAUGAAGAGUGUUCUCUCAGUGAAGAUGCUGGCGGCGUUGGCUCUGGUUCUGCUGGUGUCCAGUGUGACUGAGGGACGGAUUCUCAGUAAGUGUGAGCUGAAGGACAAGCUCAAGGCGGCUCUGGGAGGAAAUCAGGGAGGAAAUGUUCCUGGAGGAAAUGUUACUCCUGGGGUUGGAAAUACAACUCCUGGGGUUGGAAAUGUGACCGGAGCUGGGUCUGGAAGUGUGCCUGGAAAUGUGACUGCGCCUGGAAAUGUGAUUGUGCCUGGAAAUGUGACUGCGCCUGGAAAUGUGACUGCGCCUGGAAAUGAGACUGUGCCUGGAAAUGUGACUGCGCCUGGAAAUGUGACUGCGCCUGGAAAUGUGACUGUGCCUGGAAGUGUGACUGUGCCCAAAAAUAAGAUUGUAGAUUUGGGCCUCAUCGCCAAAAUCGUCUGCUCUGUGGAGCGUGUGUCAAAGUUCAACACCAACCUGGUCACCCCCAUCCAAGGUGACGUCAGACCUCCAGCAGGACCCCCUCCCAAACCAGAACAACGACCCAAUGGAGGACCAGGGGGAAAACCUAGUCAGGGCCGUCCCGGUGGAAGAGGAAAGAGAUCCCCUGGUCGGGGACGUGACAGUUCAGAGGAGGAUUCCAGAGAAAGCUCUGCUCGUGUUCCCACAAAACUGUAUGGAAUCUUCCAGCUGAGCGAUCGUGUGGCAUGCAGUUCCGGACCCGGCCAGAGUCUGAACAUCUGCCGCAUGGACUGCAGAGCUCUGAUUGAUGAUGACAUCAGGGAUGACAUCGCCUGUCUGCAGACCCUGUUGGACAAUGCUGUUGCUCCAGCUCCUCGGGACAAGAAGAAGCACUCGUUGUUCGUGAAGGAGUGCCUCAAUGUCAAUCCUUUGCAGUACUUUGCUUUGUGUGUCUAACACAUUCAGAGUUUCUUCAGACAUGAAUAUUCUGUCAAGCUUCAUCCUAAUGCAUUACUGAAAUAAUCCCAACACUUGAUGUUUUCAGCCUUGACAGCAGUGCUUCAAAACCUAUUUGGUGUUUGUUAAUCUGCUGGAAAAAGUCUUUCAGAGAGGAACUACUGUUCACACUCACAUAAAUUAGUUAAAUGUAUCAGUUCUCAGACUUUGUCUUUUAUUUCACUCUUCCGUUGCACUUGUCAAAAUGUACCUGGAAAAUGUUCUCAAUUAUAAGAACAAUUAUGUUGAUAAAUGCUUCUACAUGUAAUUAGCAUGCCUCAGAAUGCAAAUAAAGCAAUAUUCAUAAGA